CGAAAACAAACGUCAACGUCAACUUGUACCAUAAUAACACUAUUGGAAUUGGAAUUUAAUAUAAAAUGUAAUUUUAAGUACUAUUUCAAUGAAAAAUAGAAUUGUACUUUCAAAAAAUAUUAUCGUUUUUUGGUUUAUGAAACUGUAAAUUCACAUUAUUUAAUAAAGCGACUUUUCAUUCAUCGUUAUCGAAAGAAGAGGACAUAACCUUACCUAAUCGACUGAAAUUUCUGAAAAAUGUCUGAAGGGAACAAUAAGUCGACUGCAGAAGCAAAAUCUACAACAGAUAAUGCUAGCAACAAUCAAUCGGAGCCUGCGCCAAAGAAGGAUGAAGCAUGGGGUUACGAUUUGUACCCCGAAAGACGCGGUACUUUUACUCCGAAAUUAAGUAAUAUUCUUAUUGGUAAAGAAGGGAAAGAGAACAUUGAUAAAUUCAAGUGUGAACAGCAUGUUUAUGAGUGUGUAAAAAAUAGUUCUAUUGUUAAGGUCAUGAUGGCUGCUUUGAAAAGUUCUGGAUGCCCCAUAGAUAUCCGUCGACAUAUAUCAUGUGAAAUUUGCGACUACUCUGUCAGUGGGGGCUAUGAUCCAGAAUUGAAUCAGAUAGUUGUCUGCCAAAAUGUUUCCACCCGUCAAGGAAUGGUGCAAGGAGUGCUGGCCCAUGAGAUGAUACACAUGUUUGACUACUGCCGGAACCAAUUGGACUUUAAGAAUAUGGAACAUCUAGCUUGCACAGAGAUAAGGGCAGCGAACCUCACACAUUGCUCCUUCGCAAGUGCCUGGUCGCAAGGUGAUGCUUCAUGGGGAAAAAUUAAAAAAGCUCAUCAGGAUUGUGUGAAGACCAAGGCCUUAUAUUCUGUGCUGGCUGUUAGACAAAUUGGCAUGAAAGAGGCUGUGGAUAUAAUAGAAAAAGUCUUUCCCAAGUGCUAUAAUGAUCUGGAGCCAAUAGGAAGAAGGAUAAGAAGGAACUCUGACGACAUGCUCAAAGCAUUUAAAGAAGCAGCCUAUUAUGGGUAUGAAUAGAAGCUAAUUGUUGUUAUUGGAACUAAGCGUAAUGAUGUAGAUAGUGUAAUAUAUGUAAAGUACAAUCAGGUAGAGCCAUUAACAUGUUAAAUAAAACAGCUGGAAAAUGAUUUAAAA